GAACCCAACCCCCCAAAUCAAAACUAAAAACGCUAAAAGCCGAACACAUCACAUUUUCCAAUCCCACUCUCUUUCUCUCUCCUCUUCUUCUCCCCCCCACCUUUCCAUCGUCUUCAAUGGCGGCAUCAUUACAUCCUCAACAGCCCUCACUUUCUUCUGAACAACUACAACAGCAUAAUCAUGAAACUGAAGAAAACCAGAAAUUCUACUCAACUUACUUAGGAGUAAGCUUUGCAGUGUUGUUGUCACUCCUCCCUAAGAAUGCUCUUUCUCUACUGCCAACUCUCCAGUCCCGCAACCACUACCUCCUCCACCGCCUUCGUAAGGCGGAGGAAGAGCUUUUCGAGCUCAGGUCAAGGCGGCAAGAGGACUCCAAAGCCAACGCUCGAGUAGUGGAGAUCUUCGCCACCCACCGUAAUGCCUGGCAGCAGGAAGAACGCCGCCUCCUCCGCCGCCUCGAUGAAUCAGCUGAAGAGAUCUCCCGCCUUAGGUCCCGCCUUGCCGAGCUCGAGGCGCGCGAGGCGCAGCUCCUUGAUGAGUCCGACGACCUGAGGAGGGAAGUUGGGGAGAGGGAUGAGCUCCUCAAUUUCAUGUCCCGGCACAAGGGUUCUGAGAUGGGUGGUGGCGACGGCGAGAAUGGGGAGAGUGAGAAUGGUGGUGGGUUUGCGAGUGUGAGUGGGGAGGAGAGGGAGUGGGGUAGAGAAGAUGAAGAAGGUGGUGGUGGUGGUGGACCUGGUGGUGGUUUAAAUUUGAUAUUUGCGAAUCUGGGUAGUGAUUAUAGUGAUGGAUUUGAUCCUAAUUACUUGUCUCCUGGUUCAAAAUUCUGGGGUGAAAGCCGUCCUCCUAAUUUAUGGCAGGAUGUACAAUACGAUUCAAUUGAGCCCACACAUCAUGUGAAGCAUUAUGUAGUAAGGAGGGAGUCCCCGUGGAAGGUUGAUGGUGAAUCAACUGGAAUUCCAUCCAAGUUGAAAGUGCUUGAGGAAGAGCUACUAAAUCUGGAAAAAGUAGGGAAGAGCAAUUCACCAAAGGUGGCAUCAUCAAUGAGGAAGCAAGCUAAGCGGUAUCAAGACCUUUCCGGAAAGAUUGACGACCUUUGCAGGAGGAUGCAAGCUAGUGAUCCAAGUGAACCUACAAUGAGUUCUGAGUUUCGAUCACAAAGACAAACAGAGUUUCUACUUGAAGCAUUUCAACUACAACAACGUGCUACAGAAACCGGAAAGAAGCUUACGACAUUACAAACUGAGAUAUACACUAGUUGUAUUGGAAACGAACUGGGAAUCGAUACCAAAAUUGCCAUAAGAAGUUCACUUGACAGCAUUCGGACCAACUUCAAAGAGAUUCAAAGAAACUUAGAAGUAUGGUUGGCCAGAAUUAUGGGAGAUCUUGAAGGGAUUCUAGCUAGAGAUGGUGCUUCUCGUGCAAGAGAUUAUUAUAACCCUAGAUAUCCUUUUGUUAAUAGUUACAGCUAAUUUCUAAUUAACUGUGUUAAUUGUAAUGUCCCUGAUAUUUUGCAGAUCCUUUGGCCAAGAAGUGGUUUUGGGAUGUCAUGUAAAAAAAAAAAAACUAAAAAUGCAAAUUUUUCCAUGUUAAUAGUGUGGAUCAGGUAGGUAGGGUAAAUAAUUCCUUAGAGAAAGAUGAUGUUAAUUAAUUCCCCCUGACCCCCUAGACCCUAGUUAUAUUUUGAGAAGCUUGUGCAUCAGCUAAGCUGUCUUUGUACCAAUUGUACACAGUGAUUUUUUUUGGUGGAAGAUGGUAAUCUGGUUUGCUAGA